AUGACAAAAAAAAGUAGCACUUGGUUCAAGAUUCAUCAAAUAUAUAGGGCUCUUAGAUGCAGAGUUGGAACCGGCGAAAAAACAUUUUUUUGGCUGGAUUCAUGGGCGACUGACAGGCCUUUGAAGGAGGAAUUUCCGUUGAUAUUUGGUCUGGCAAAAAACAAGAUGAACAAGGUAAGCCAUAAUUAUAAGAAGAAUCAGAAUGGGGUUUUUUGGGAUUGGCAGUGGUGUAGGUUGCCGAACAAUGACAGUGAGAAGAAUGAGUGGAUAGCUCUAAAAGAUUUACUCGUGAAUCAACCAGUGGGCCGUAAUGAAGACGUGUGGAGGUGGAAGGAAAAUAACGUGCUGGGUUUCUCGGUAAAGGAUGUAAGAAAGGAUUUGUCAGGAAUCAUCGACGUAAACAUGGUCCCAACCGAUUACGAAUGGAGCAAAAUCGCUACUUCCAAAGUAAACUUAUUUGUGCUACGGGCUGUGGAGGAGAGGAUACCGACGAUGGUAUCAUUAAGAAAAAGGGGUGUACAGCUUGGAUCGGAUCUGUGCAAGGUGUGUGGUAUAGAGCCGGAAACGGCCGAUCACAUUGGUAUCCAUUGUCCAGCUGCGAAAGAAGUGUGGUUGCAGAUAUGGCUAUGGAUUAAAAUACCUCUUCGGGAUCACCGAGAAAAGAUAACAACAAGACUUUCCGAAAAAGCAGAAUGGCCCAAGAAAAAGAUGAAAAUAAUAUACGCGAUACAUCUGGCAACUGUUUGGCAGCUCUGGAAAAACAGGAACAAUAAAAUUUAUAACAAUAAGUUUACGGACCCAUUCAAGAUUGUGGAAGAAAUCAAAGAAGAGACGUAUGACUGGGUAAGAACUAGGGCAAAGCUCUCGGAGAUAACAUGGAGUGAUUGGAAGAACUUCAUCUUUAUGGAGUAA